GGUUGCCCAAGGCAGCGGUGAUCACAGAGUUGAAGCUGAUGAUGGUAGCCAACCUGGCUCGGCUCUGUGGCCUGCGCCCUGAUGAUGUAAUCUACACAACGCUGCCGCUCUACCACUCGGCCGGGCUGCUCAUCGGGGUGGGAGGGUGCUUCGAGGUCGGAGCCACCUGCGUCCUACGGGCCAAGUUCUCCGCCUCCCAGUUCUGGGACGACUGCCGCCGCUACAACGUCUCCGUCAUCCAGUACGUGGGCGAGCUUAUGCGCUACCUCUGCAACACACCCAAGCGUGCCAACGACCGGGAGCACGGGGUGCGCUUGGCCUUGGGCAACGGGCUGCGGGCAGAGGUGUGGAAGGAGUUCCUCCAGCGCUUUGGGCCCAUCUCCAUCUGGGAGUUUUACGGGGCCACCGAGGGCAACGCCGGCUUCAUCAACUACACCGGCAAGAUCGGGGCCGUGGGCAGAGCCAACAUGUUCCUCAAGAGUUUCUCUCCCUUUGAGCUGAUCAAGUACAAUGUGGAGGAGGACGAACCCGUACGUGACAAGCGAGGUCUCUGCAUCCCAGUCUGCCCCGGUGAGACGGGGCUGCUAGUCAUCAAAAUCACCAAGAACACCCCUUUCCAUGGCUAUGCGGGCGAUUCCCAGAAGACAGAGAGGAAGAUCUUGAGGGACGUCUUGGUCAAAGGCGACGCCUUCUUCAACAGCGGUGACCUCCUCAUGAUGGACCAUGAAAAAUUCAUCUACUUCCAGGACCGCGUGGGAGACACUUUCCGUUGGAAAGGCGAGAAUGUGGCCACGACAGAGGUGGAGGCCACUCUUGCCAUGGUGAACUUCAUCCAGGAGGUCAAUGUCUAUGGAGUGCAUGUGCCGGGGUGCGAGGGGAGGUGCGGCAUGGCGGCCAUCCGCCUGAAGGCUGGGACGAGCUUCGAGGGCGAGAACCUCUACGCCUUCACCAGGGACACGCUGCCCAGCUACGCCACCCCCCGCUUCGUGCGGAUCCAGGAUGCCCUGGAGAUCACGGGGACCUUCAAGCAGUGCAAAGGCAACCUCGUCAAAGAAGGCUUUGACCCCAACGUCAUCAAAGACCCCCUCUUCUUCCGCGAUGACAAGAAGAAAUCCUACGUGCCCCUGAACCCCGACAUCUACGCCGCCAUCCUGGACAUGAAGCUCAACCUGUAG